AUGGCGGCCUUCCGCGACAUGGAGGAGUUGUGCCAGGGGCUGCUGAGCCUCCUGGGCGCCAACCACGCUGCGGCGCAGCAGCGGCGGCUGCUGGGGCGCUACGGGAAGAUGGUGGAGCGGCUGCUGGAGACGCAAGACGGCGCCGAGCAGCAGCUGCGAGAGAUCCUCAAGGCAGAGACGGAUGUGGCCCAGAGCCUUCUCGAUGCGAAGGAGCAGGCGUGCCAGGGGGGUGCUGAAUUGCAGCAGAUUGAAGCCAAGCUUCAGAAGGCCAGCGAGCAGGACACUCACCUGAAGGCCAGCCUCCUAUAUCCUUUCCUGCUUCUCACCAGGGAGCUAGAGGACCUCAAGGAGGUUGAGGCUGAUCUCGAAAAACAGGAGAAGGAAGUUGACGACGACACGACGGUCACCAUCCCUGCAGCCAUGUAUGUGGCUCAACUUUAUCACCGAAUUAGUAAAAUUGAGUGGGAUUAUGAGUGUGAACCGGGGAUGAUCAAAGGCAUCCAUCGUGGCCCCAGCGUGGCCCAGCCCAUCCACCUGGACAGCACCCAGCUCUCCAAGAAGUUCAUCAGCGACUACCUUUGGAGUUUGGUGGACACGGAGUGGUAGCCGGAGCCUCUCGGACUGUCUUGCACAGAGCGGGAAGCAUUUGUGAGAGUAUCUUUGAGUGCCACUGUGUGCCGGAACUGUGCUAGGCACCCAAGACACAGAUGAAGGUGAAAAGGAUCCCUUUGCCCCGUGGAGGAGUCACGUGUGAGCAGAUGCCACCCCAGAGCUAUGCCUGGUCAAAACUCAUUUCCCAGCCUCUUUUGCAGCUAAAUUGAGCCACUGAAAUGUAAGUGGAAGUGUUAUAGGAAACUUCUAGAAGGAUCCUUAAAAGGCAAGGGAGUAUACCCUUUCUUGCCCCUGCCGUUUAUUUUCUGGAAUUUGGGUGUGAUGGCUGGAGACCUGGCAGCCACAUUCCACAAGUAAGGAGGGGUGCAGCGCUAUGGGGGUGAUACAGAACUGGUAUCUGAUGAUGGGAGAGCUGGUGUCAGCCCUGGACUUCUUUAAAGGGGGAGAAGAGGUUGACCUUAAACUAUCCUGUGUGUGCCAUUGUUACUUUUGUGUUUCUAUCCCAAACAGUCAAA